AUGCCAGCCCCCGAGAAAACCCAAGCAGCAACGCUUGAGAAAUUCAUCGAUGCCUGGAAGAGAUGGGAUGCUCAGGAGUGGCUGGCCCUCUUCUCCGAUGGGUUCACCCAAGUGACUCUUCCCUUAGGCCUCGGGAUCCCCAGCAGGCCUCGAGCCCAGGUUGCGCAGGUUUUGCCGGCUCUCAUGGCAACCGUCAAGUCGUAUGAGCUGACUGUACGCCAUGUCGUCCAUGAUGCUGCAAACAACAAGGCAGCUAUAUACGCCUCAUCCAAAGGCACCCUCCCGUGGGGCAAAUGGCAAAUGGACUACGCCGCUUUUCUGACAUUUUCAGAGGCUGGAGAUAAGGUGGAUGCGGUCGAGGAAAUGUUGGAUACGGCGAGGUUGCAAGAAUUUGGGCCCAAGUUUGGGGAAUACCUGGCAGCCAACGGAGGACCAGUUGCGGUGGCAACAGGAAUUAAGCAAACAGUCUAG